GUUGGUUGCGUCGCCGAUUUAACGCAGAGUACAUAUAAUACGAAACAAAACAUAGAUCAGUUUAAAUCAAAAAAGGGGUGUUGGGUGCCGAUUAUUUUACUAUUAAAACGAAAAAUAUUCAUUAUAUUUACGUUUGAAAUUUGACUUAAAAUAACAACAAUUUCAUCAUAACGCGUAACGUUGAAUUGAAUUGUUGACCGGUCACCGGUGUGUUCAAGUUUUUCAAGUUGUCGAAGUUAAAAUAAAAAUCCGGGAGAAAAAUAAAUAUCUGAACAAUGGCUAAACAAUUCACGUUUUGUGGAUAUGAUCAACAGAUGCCAUGCGAUCUACGAAAGUUUCAAAAUUGUCCCGACGAUCGUAUCGCAAUUAUAAAAUAUUACUACACUAUUAUUGCAUCGAAAAAGAUUCGUGGAAAUUCGAAUUACGCUCUUAAUUUAAGCAUUCAUGAUACAAAAUGUGACUUUGAUGAGCCAGUUGUGGUCCGCGUAUCAAUCGAAGAUGGAAAUGAUAGAAAUGGCUAUAAAAUUCAUCGUGAUGUUACAAUCAAAGCAAAAACAACCGAAAUUGUUUCGAUUCCAAUUGGUGAUCUGUCACCCGAAGCAGACUAUAAACUCGUUGUGAUAGGUAUUACUGGUGUUACUAUGCGACACGAAGUAGAGCUGGAUCUUCAAACUGAAACACAUACAAUUCUCAUUCAAACGGACAAAGCCAUUUACAAACCAAAUGACUGCAUCAAAUUCCGAGUAUUGGUUCUAAAUUCAGAGCUAAAGGCAGCCACAAUCGAUCAAAAUGAACUGAUUAUUUCAUUCGAUGUAAGUGUUCAGUGUGUAUUAGUUUUAGAAUUUUCACUUUCGAGCUAUAUAUUCUAUGAGAAAAAAU